AGAACCGACUUCACCUAAAUAUACUGGCACUUACCACCUGCUUCUUUCCACUACUUCUGUCUUCCUCCCAAAAAGCAUGAUGAUUCCACCUGAAUACACCGUCGCUCUGCCAAACCUCGGGCAUCGACAUCUUGUCUGAACUUUUGGUCAAGAUGAGCAAUUUGAUUGGCUUCCAACCACUGAAGAAUUUUCUCUGCCGCUGAGCACGACUGAUCGACUUGCUCCCAGCCGCGUUGAGCAACCUGCCCUCACGCCGACCAAAUCCACCCACUUGCGCCGACCUCAUUCACCCACUCACGAGGCACGUUCACCCACACGCGGAGCACCCUCGUUCACUUCUGGAGCACAGUCGUCCCAGCCGUCCACUAAAAUGGCUAAUGAGCACAUCAAGAGCAAGAGCACAAUAGGAGAUCACCUAUUGUGAUGGCGGGUGAAUGAGGAAGUGAAUAGACUGACAGACUUGCCCCACAAUCUCUGGCGGAGCAGUCUUUUUUUCUUCUCUGCCAUGAAGGCAGGCUGCGUGGGAAUUUCUUCCCUUCUUCCUCCUCUCUCUUCUUUUGUCCCAAGCACCAAAGGAGCUAGUCUUUUGUUGUUUUUUCACCGCAUCAAUUGCUUCUUUCCAAUCGCCUCUUUUUGCAUUUCAGCCUCUUGGGUUUCCAUUGGGCUUUGCAUAUCUCACCCACCGCAACCCCCGUCAUCCAUUUUGGAAGGCACAACCACGACAUUCUCCCCCACCACCCCACCGGCUUCCCUUCCAUUCUUGUCGGACUCUCAGAAGGCUCCCUGUUUCGCAAAUUCCAAGCACGCGACCUGAGUCACUAACACAACACCUAUACAGCAUCAGUCGACCAUCAUGGAGUCCUCUCCCAUUUAUAAUUUCAGCUCUGUCGCCGAAUUUGCGCGCAUUCACAAGGCUGGAACGGAGCAUGAGUUCCUUCAAGAUGCGCGGUUGAUCGAUGAGAUCAAUGGGCAGGACCUCAAGUUCGAUGCUUGGCUCAUUACUCGUAUUCGGCAAACCAUAAAGCGCAGCGAAUACCUCCUUCUCGUUCAGCCAGGCUCCAACGGCGAAAGCAAGAUGCCGUCCCAAGGUGGAGGUGGCAAAGUGAGAAUCGCCUUUGCGGAUGGUACUUUCAGUGGAUACUGGGAUGUGGCUCGCAUUGAGAAUCCAGUUGCCAUUCUGGGAUCGAGCAGCUCGCCGCUGGCAAAGCUUCCCGCAUACAAAGUAACCGUUCCGACUGCACAGCAUCAUGAGGUCUUGGACAAACCCAUUAUCGACUCUACUGGGUCAUCCUCCAGUUCGGCGGCCACUAGUCCCAAGCGUCUCUCCCCAGCAGCCUCCUCAUCAACCAUUUCACCCAUCGCCUCCUCGGUUGGGAACUCUUCUGGUUUGCGUUGCGAUUCUCACGAUCACAAGAUUGUCGCAGACCAAAAUGAUCUGGCCUCUCAACUGAACCCAACCAACGUCGUCAAGGUCAAUUUCCAUCUCUUCGCCUCGGAAUCAACCAAAGAUUCUGAAAUUGGAGCGUUAGAGUCUCUCCACGGUCGUUACCAGAACGCGACGGAUCGACAACUGGACGCAUUCAACUACUUUGUCACCUUGACAAACCCUGCUUUCCGUGUCAACCUUCACGACAAACUGCCACACAUGAAGAAGGCUCUUGACCGGCCUGGCUGGUUUGAGACGCCCCUCGGCAAGAGGUUUCAGAUGCUAAACCAACAGCAGAAGGAGGCUUAUCUUCACGGCUUUGACCAUCUACCAUGCGGUAUUUGUGUUCUCCCAGGGGGGCCUGGUGCGGGUAAGACGCACUUCAAUCUGUUCACUAUCGCCAUGGCUCAAUCUGAGCCCAUGGUACGAUUUGGGAAGCGUCCGAAUGAGUCGGCAAAGGUUUUGUUCAUCGUCGAUAUGAACAGUCCUGUCGACGAUGUUGCGAACCGAAUGGUCCGCCUGUACCAAGAUCUGGGCAUGAAGAAGUCGAUCAUUCGGAUGAAGGGUUGGGGUUUUGAGGUGAACCGGAGCUCUAAGCUGAACCAAGCGGAGGACGCCGCGGCGGGCGGAAUUUCCAAUGCCGACUUCACCAACCAAUUCCUUGCGACUGUCAAAGAGAUGACCACUGGGCAAAAUUCCGAGACCAGUUGCAGAGCCCCGAGUCUCGACGAAGCGGCUUGGGAGCGUUAUGAAGCACACAAGGAUACGGAGUAUGAGCCGAUCAAGAAGUACAUGGAAGAAGAGUUGUUCGGUGAGGAGGAAUGCCUCGUGGUCCCCCUCCGUUUUCGCAAUUUAGUAUACGAUCUGUACCGAGACACCCUAGCCGACGCCGACUUUAUUGCGACAACCCCUGUGGCUGCGUCUAAUCAUUUUAAGGGCAUGUUCAAGCCCGACUUGGUGUUCUUUGAUGAGUCGCCCCAUGCCCGAGAGCUGUGCAACUUGGUGGCAAUUGCAAACUUCAACCCGGUCGCCUGGAUAUUUUGCGGCGAUCAUCGGCAAACUGUACCUUACGUCGGUUCUGCGGGCUCCGGUUCUCAGAAUCCCUACGCGCGACAAAUGCAAAUUUCGAUGAUGGAACGCGCGGCCAGGGCCGGGGUGAUUCGUCAUGAACUCUUGAUCAAUCACCGUGCCUAUGGCAGCCUUCAUCGGUUGGCAUCCGGUCUUUGGUACAAUGGACGCAUGGUCUCGGGAACAGCAAAAACAGAAAACCGACCGCUCGUUCAUGUCCGCAACUAUCUGAGCCGGCUCAUUGGCAAUAAGCCGUGCGGAGUACCGAGACUCAUUGUUCAUUUGAAAGGAUCUGUCGGAGAAAAGACGGAGGGAACAUCAUGCUGGAAUCCUAGCCACGCGGCUUGGGUGAUGACUCGUGUCAAGGAGUUGCUGGCUGAUCAACAUUUUCGCAAGCCGGACAGUGUGGAGCCCGGCACCGUCCUCAUAAUAUCGCCAUACAGAGCUGCCUUCCAGCGGUAUAAGAAGGAGCUCAGGACACUCCCUCAAUGGGCCCAGAAGCGGGUGGAAGCUCGUACAGUCGAUGUCUCGCAAGGCCACGAGGCUGAUUUUGUGUUUUUGGAUCUCUCGAAGGAGAGAUCUACUGAUUUUCUUGACGACCCUAAUAGGUUGUGCGUGGCUCUAACCAGAGCGCGUUUAGGGGAGAUAAUCCUGAUGUCUGGAGAUAUGCCGUAUUCCGAGCAUUUCAAGCACCGAAGUGAGCAUCUUCGCCGGAUGUACGCUGCCUGCAUGGACCGCUCACCAUCCGCUACCAGUGAGAAUGGGGAUGGGAACGAUCUUUGCAGCGGGAAUGGACAGGUUGUUUGGCUGCAUGCCGAAAUCCCCGACAAUGAGGAUUGGUCUACCCCGUUGUCUGACGACUGGCCCACGAUGGCGUAUGACGACCUGGACGAGAUCGAUCAGUCGGCUCUGUUGCACCGCAAAGCUACCGAGGCCUUGGCCGCUCAGCACAAGAGAAACGAGGAGUUUUACCGCAGAUCCACCACUCGAAAGAUCAAUCAAGAGGCAUAUGAUUGGCUGAUGUGUCGCGAUGCGGAUGGCGAUAGUGAAAAGGAGUUUUCUCCCGAGAACGAGGUAUUGAGGGAGAAGUAUGUUCAGAGGAAGGAUAUUGUUCAGGAGAAGGAAUGCAUUGAGGAGAAGCAGGUUGAGGAGGAGGUGUCUACUGAGAAGGAGAACUCUGUCGAUCAGAACGACCAUGUCAUUAUGAAAGAGUGUGGGCAGGGAAAGAGCUGUGUUGAGGAAAGAGAGUGCACCGUGGAGGAGGGGUUUGUUAUAAAGAACGAGAUGAGCUCACAACCUGGUGGUGGUGGGGGUUUGGCGUUGUUGGCCUGCCUUGUUGGGAAUCUGGGUAAAUCGCAGGCUGAUCAAUAG